AUGCCUAAACAGGAUACGGAAGAACUUCGCCGCCGCCGCCUCUCGGAGACUAGCUCCGACGAGCAAGAGCUUGACAUAGCAUCCCUUCAGCUCGAACCGGGCCACAGCGAGGAACGUACCGAAAAAGAAGGCAGUGGCCAAGGGUGUCGCCAAAAAGCACAAAGUGGAAUCCUAACUGAAGAUCGGCUGACUGAUGAGGAGAGUCUGCACUCGGAGGGGGAAGACUUCGAGGCUGUGGAGGCUAACGACCUGACCGAGCUGCCCCGGGGCACGAAAGAACUGGCCAAGUUUGUGAUCGACAAUCGUCCUUUUGGCAACUUUGAUCAGCUGGAGCUGAAGCUUUCUCGCGAACGCGGCGGCUACGCCGUCAUCGAGUCGUACAUCGAGGAUCUGCGAAAGCGUGGCAUUCUGAAGCGUAUCCUCGACUGCUGCGACGUUGACUCGGCCAAUGUGGAAAAGGAUUUCGAGCAAGUCAAACAUGACGACACCCUGCCGGCUCUCCUUACUAAAGAUUAUCACCUUCACCGUUAUCAACAAGAAGGCCUCAACUGGCUGAUCAUGAUGCAUAAGAAGAAGUUGAACUGUAUCCUGGCUGACGAGAUGGGACUGGGAAAGACUAUCCAAAUCAUUGCUUUUUGCGCUUGGUUGAAAGAAAAGGGAGUGAAGGGCACGCAGCUGAUUAUCGUCCCGUCGUCGACCAUGGAGAAUUGGAUGGCUGAGCUCGAGAGAUGGUGUCCUGCUCUAAAGGUUUUGGUUUACUAUGGCUCGCAAGACGAACGCUACCAGAUUCGCGCUUCGAUGAAGAAGAAGAAGACCAAGGCGGACAUCAUCUUGACCACCUACAAUAUGAGUACCAAACCAGCCGAUCGCAAAAUCUACCAGCAGUUCGAGAUAAAUUACGUGAUCUACGAUGAAGGCCAUAUGCUGAAGAAUUGUGGUUCGCUACGUUUCCAGCAACUGAUCACUAUCAAGAGCAAGCGCAAGAUCCUGCUCACCGGCACGCCUCUGCAGAACAACCUCAUCGAGCUCAUCUCAUUGAUGUACUUUGUGAUGAAAGAUGUUUUCGACAAGUAUUGCGAUGACAUGAACCAUCUUUUGUCUCACUUCAAGCAGCAAGGAGGUCGUGUUAAUGAUGCCGCUGAGAAAGCCCUCUACCAGCGCGAUCGCAUUGACCAAGCCAGAUUCAGGUUCUUUCGGAAUUGCCCAAGAAGACUGAACAAACUGUGGCCAUUGGAAAUGACGGAUCAUCAGGUGAUGCUCUACAAUUACCAGCUUGAGCUGGCUCGUGAAUCACAAGACGUCGAUCGUCCGAAGCUUCGUGAUCUUUACACCGGCAUGAUGCGUCUCAGGCAAGCGGCCAACCAUCCUCUGAUGACGCGUUCCGUCUAUAACGAUGACGAAUGUGUCAAGAUCGCCCAGCAGCUCAUCAAGUUUGCUUCCACGAAACAGUUUCUAUUGGACAGCGAACUGUCUGUGUGCAGCGGAAAAUGUGCCUAUCUCGAUAAGGAGCUGGCUCGCAUCAAGGGAAUGGGCGAGAAGGUGCUGAUCUUCUCGCAAUUUACCGAGAUGCUCGACAUUCUCCAGUUGUACAUGGAAGUCGGGGCCACACUUUCUUGCGUCUCGAUGGAGUACACCGGUGCUCACACGGCAACACCUCAUCAA